AGUUUUAACCGACUGCAUGGCACCAUUCCCUCUGAUAUAGGCCUGACCUUCAACUCUCAUUCAACAGGUUUACUGGAGCUAUACCAAGUUCAUUGUCAAAUGCUUCUGCACUUGAACAAUUAGCUCUUUAUUCCAACGGUUUUUCUGGUUUAUUCCCGAAAGACCUUGGACUGUUGCCUCAUCUUCAAUAUGUAGACAUUUCUGAGAAUCAGCUGAUAGAUGACUUAAAUUUCAUUGAUUCUCUAACAAAUUGCUCCCGCUUAGAAGUCUUAGAUUUGGCAUCCAAUAUUUUCCAGGGGACCUUACCCAGUUCCAUAGCGAAUCUCUCCAGAGACUUGAUGUAUAUUGCUCUGUCAGAUAAUCAGUUACACAAUGCCAUUCCCUUGGGUGUUGAAAACCUCCUCAAUCUGAGAUUCUUCUUGUUUGACCGCAAUUAUCUAUCUGGUCCAAUAGUUGUUGAUUUCAAGAACUUCUCACGGUUGGAAAUGCUGGAUUUGCAGGGGAACAACUUCACAGGAACUAUUCCAAUUUCAAUUAGUAAUUUAUCUAUGCUGAGUAAUCUCUACCUGGGGUUCAACAACCUAUACGGGAGCAUACCCUCAAGUCUUGGCAGUUGUCAUAACUUGAUCGAGUUGGACCUCUCUUAUAAUAGACUCACUGGUUCAAUACCUGGACAGGUUAUUGGCCUUUCCUCCCUUUCAAUUCUUCUCAACUUAGGUUUUAAUGGUCUUACUGGUCCUAUUCCAUCAGAAGUUGGUUCACUGCAAAAGCUAGCAGAACUGGAUUUAUCUAACAAUAGAUUAUCUGGCAUGAUUCCAGACACUAUUGGCAAGUGCUUGAGUUUGGAACAGCUUCACCUAGAGGGGAAUUCAUUUUCUGGAGAGAUACCUCAGGUAUUAACUGCUUUACAGGGCUUACAAUUUUUGGAUCUUUCACGUAACAAUUUUAUAGGGCGAAUCCCAAAUUCAUUAGCUGCGCUUGAUGGGCUGAAGCAUUUGAAUCUCUCCUUUAAUCAGCUUCGAGGAGAAGUUCCAGAACGUGGAAUCUUUCUAAAUGCAAGUGCUGUUUCUUUGCUGGGAAAUAAUAGUUUCUGCGGAGGUAUUACUGAAUUGAAGCUUCCUUCUUGCCCCUUCACAAACUCCAAGAAGAAGAACCUUACGCUUGCACUCAAAGUAAUAAUCCCAGUGGUUGUUUUUGCAAUAUUUUUGGCUGGUUUUGUGUUUUUCUCUAUUUUCUGGCAUCAGAAAAGAAUGUCGAGAAAGAAGAAUAUUUCCACGCCAUCGUUUGAGCACAAAUUUCUGAGAAUAUCUUAUACUGAAUUAUUCAAAGCCACGGAUGGAUUCUCCAAAGCCAACAUAAUUGGUGUUGGUAGUUAUGGCUCUGUGUAUAGAGGUACUCUUGAGCAAGAAGGGAUUGAAGUAGCAGUGAAAGUAUUAAACAUGCAACAAAGAGGAGCUUCAAGUAGUUUCAUGUCAGAAUGUCAAGCUCUCAGAAGCAUUAGGCAUCGAAACCUGCUAAAGCUUCUUAGUGUAUGCUCCAGCAUCGACUAUGAAGAAAAUGAUUUCAAAGCUCUCAUAUACGAAUUCAUGGUCAAUGGGAGCUUGGAGAAAUGGUUGCAUGCAGGGGAAGGAACAGAACAAAGAGAGUUGGGAAACCCGAAACUAAUGCAGAGACUGAAUAUUGCCAUUGAUAUUGCUUCGGCAAUUGAGUAUCUUCAUAAUGGUAGCUCAUCAGCAAUUAUUCAUGGUGAUCUAAAGCCCAGUAAUGUUCUUUUGGAUGAUGAGAUGACUGCUCAUAUUGGGGAUUUUGGACUGGCUAAGGUCAUCUCUUCAAUGUCCAUUGAGACUCAACCACAUGGAAGUAGUUCCAUAGCAAUUAGAGGAUCUGUUGGCUAUGUUGCUCCAGAAUAUGGCAUGAGUGACUCAGUUUCAAUAGAAGGAGAUGUAUACAGCUAUGGGAUUUUGUUACUAGAGAUGUUUACAGGAAAGAAACCAACUGAUGAGUCUUUUAAAGAUGAUCUAAACCUUCAUACUUUUAUUGAGAGAUCUUUGCAUGACAAAGUGAUGGACAUUGUGGAUGUCAGAAUUGUCUCUGAAGAUGAUGCAGGGAGAUUUUCUAAGGACAGCAUCAUUUAUGCUCUAAGAAUUGGAGUUGCAUGUUCAAUUGAACAACCAGGAGAUAGAAUGAAGAUGAGAGAUGUGAUAAAGGAAUUGCAAAAAUGUCAAAGGCUCUUAUUAAAUUGAAAGGCAAAGGAAGGCCUAUUAGAUUGGAGGUCCAAGCAACUCUGACUUUUAGUGGCUCAGUUUUGGAUAUAUCUAAACUCCAGAAAUUAUUAAAGAGACCCAGUCUACCACAAUAUCCACUGAAUCAAUUACACGAUGAUAUGUGGAUUUUUUUAAACUCAAUAAAUAAAAGCCAUCUGCUUGUAAUGUGUAUCUCAAAUUAAUAAUAUCUGGCUUCUUACUUUGUA